AUGCUGCUGUAUAACCUCACCGUCGGCGGCGGCGGCGCGAUCACGGCGCUGCUCGUCGUGAGCGCGAUCAUCCUUUUCCUCGUCGCGUGGAAAGAAGGGCGCGGCGUGGUGACGAACGCGCCGGUGACGUUUUAUCGAUGCGACGGGGCUGGGCGCGAUUGUUGCAGAAACGGGCCGCACGACUUGGGGUACCACGAGAAGUUCACGUACCUCGCGAACGGCCGCGGGUUCGAGACGCGUCAAAAGGACUGCAUGCGUCGGCACCUGCUCGUGUCGCGGCGCUGUCGCGAGCUCAAGCCGAUAGUGAUUCACCCGAAGGAGGAAGGCUGGAAGCUGUGGUGA